CGUGACACCUCUGUACAAAGUCCUUCCGGUCUCUUCGUCUCUCAGAAAGGAAAAUGGCGGCCCUCGGACGGUUCUCUCAAAUGUUGCUGCGGUCUUCUUUGACCCAGACCCGGCGUCAGCUUUCUGCGGCUGCUGAGGGACACGGCGACCAAGCAGCACGGACCUGGAAGAUUCUCACCUUUGUGGUUGCUCUACCUGGUGUUGCAGUGUGCAUGUUGAAUAUGUACCUGAAAGAGCAGCACCAUACCCACGAACAGCCAGAGUUUGUCCCUUACUCCCACCUCCGCAUUCGCAGCAAGCGUUUCCCUUGGGGAGAUGGCACCAAAACCCUUUUCCACAACUCGCAUGUGAAUGCCCUUCCUGACGGCUAUGAGGGCCACGAUGAGUAAAGCCCUCCUCCAGACCUCUUAACUGGCACAGGGACCAGUCCUCCCUCCGUAUUUGUUACUUGACCACACCUACAUUUACAGUUUACUCUUCAGUUUUGUUGUUUUACCUCUGUGCUCUCGCCACGGGGCACCUGAACCAAUAGCUCCUUUACUUUGGACCAUAAAGCAAAAAUGUCAGACUGAAACUGAAUUAACAUAAAUAAAGUAACUAUUAUUACCUCA